AUGAUGAUAAAUUUGAUCUAUUUUUAAUGUACUCUGCAUCACUUGAUUCCUCAGAAUAUUGUGUAUUUCUUAUAAGUUUCGAUUGAAGAAUCAUUUGAGUGCAUUAACAAUAGUUGUUGUCAAAAACAUGAACGUGAACUUUCGUUAUGCUUUGUUGAGAAAAAUCAAGUGAAAAUCUGAAAAAACUUUGAUUCAACUUCCACGAAAAAAUUCUCAGAAUGAGUAGGCAGGCCCACGUAAAUGCAGCCUUCAUCGACGAUGAAGGCUUCAACCAGCAGAGCCUCAAAAAGAAACAAGAUGAAAUUUCCAAUAAAACGAAGAAUCCCGCGCCUCUCACUGAUCUCAACGAGGAACUUAUGGAUUUCGACGACAUCGUGCCAUACUUGGACAAGUUUGGCCGCUACCAAAAGCUUCUUUUCCUCGCAAUGGCUCCGUUUUGCUUUAAUUUAGUCCUGAUUUAUUUCCCGCACAUUUUUGUGACCCUGGAACCUGAACAUUGGUGCAGAGUUCCAGAACUCCUGCAUCUUCCUCUCGAUGUCAGACGCAACUUGAGUGCGCCCAUUUCUGCCGAGACUGGAAGAUACGACAGCUGUCGGGUAUACGAUGUCGACUUCGCUGCCAUCCGACAGUCGCUGGACGCUGGUCAAUCUGUGGUACCGAACUCUUCGUGGGGGACAGUCGAGUGCACAAGUUGGGAGUAUGACUUUUCUCGCGUAGGAGGAUACGCGUCCAUAGUGUCUGACCUGGACUGGGUGUGUAGCCGGGGUGGCUAUGCGGCGACAGCGCAGAGUAUUUUCUUCGUUGGGGCGGUGGUGGGCGGUCUGAUCAUUGGAUGGCUCGCCGAUAAGUUUGGACGAAUUCCGGUGCUCGUCGGGACCAACAUCAUCGGGGCAGUGUCGUGUCUCUUGACCGCCACGGUCACGACCUUCGUUGAAUACGCUAUCUACAAGUUCAUUGCUGGACUUGCGUUCGAUAACAUCUUCAUCAUGAUGUACGUACUGGCGUUGGAAUAUUUUGCACCAGAACACCGAACAAUCGUUGCAAAUAUGUCAAUCGCGAUUUUCUAUACGAUUGGAACGGUGGUUGUGCCAUGGUUGGCGGUGCUCGUAGCGGACUGGAGGCUCUUUUCGGUGCUCUGUAGCCUGCCUAUGUUGUUCGGGGCCAGCGCGUACUACUUCAUUCCGGAGAGCAUUCGGUGGCUCAUGCUGCAAGGUCGGAUAGAGGAAUCCAUCAAGAUCGUUACUAAAAUUGCAAGCGUCAACAAGAAAAAGAUCCCUGAAGAGGUACUCAAGAAGUUCGAGUCUUCGAUGUGGCAAGCGAAAAGAUUAGCAGAGACGGAAGAAGACACCGAAACGUUACUAGACAUCAGGAAAACACCAGCACAACUGAGGACAUUCAUCAUCGUUACUCUGUAUUGGAUGUUGGUAACUUUAUCUUACGAUGGGCACCUUAGGAAUGUGUCCAACCUUCCACUGGAUGUGUUCAUCAUCUUCACUGUAGCGGCUGCUACUGAGUUCCCAGCGGACACAAUCUUAACCUUCACCCUCGACAAGUGGGGAAGAAGGUGGUAUGCUUUCGGAAGUAUGUUGUUGUCAGGAUUAUUCACACUGGCUGUACUAGCUGUCCCACAAGAUCAUGUCUACACCAUAGCAACCUUGGCUAUCCUUGGUAGGUAUUGUGUUAAUACGGCGUUUAAUAUUGGAUUGCAGUACGCAGCUGAGAUUAUGCCCACCGUGAUCAGGGCCCAGGGCAUGAGUGCAGUUCACACAGCCGGGCACGUCGCAGCUCUGCUGGCACCACAAAUUGUGUUACUUGGUAGAACAUCUCCGGCUUUGCCAUUGCUGAUUCUUGGAGCUCUGGCCGUGAUAGCAGGUUGCCUGGCACUCUUUUUACCAGAGACGCUGCAUUCCCAGCUACCAGAAACUCUGAUGGAGGGUGAAGUCUUUUGCAAAUCAUUCAAGUUUUGGUCAUUCCCUUGCACCCAAAAACCUUUGCCAGACCCCGAAAUUAUUGAAGAGCCUAAAUCCCCGACUCGCGGCUCCCUGGUCAUAGCCCGUACCCGCAACUUCACUCGAGGGGAAAGCUACAGGUCUUCCCUCUUCAGGAGGAGGAGGAAGGAAACUAUUUACCUGCCUGCGCCCCCGAAGGAAACACCAUGAUCGAGUUUACAACCUCUCUCGAUAUAUUGAAAUCUAUGAAUAGAACAAACUUAUAAAUCAGUUUACGGAGCUAUAAACUUUAUUUAAAUUCCGUUAUGUUUUUUGAUGCAGUGCAAUGUUCUAUUUUGGUGUCACUUCAAUGUUUCAAGUUUACCGAAAGAAAAUAGCUGUAGAAUGUUAUCUUGAUGUCCUAACAACAAGAGAGUUUUACAGCUGAUAUAUUCCUGAAGAUGCGAGGAGUCUUCGAGACUCUGAAGUCUGGAUAGACACACGUUUUUUCAAUUUGUAAAUAUUUGAAAAGAGUACAUGAGAAAUUUCAAUAAUGUGCGUUAUUCUAUGAUAAUAUUGCACAUAUUUAAAGCAUCAGGUCAUUGUAACUUAUGUGUAAUUUAUGUCUAGUUAUUUAAGCCAGAAAUUCUAGAAUGUAUUUUUGUAAAUA